AUGACAGACACAGUCGGCGACAAAAAAUAUCCACGUAUCGUGGAAAAUGGAAAUCUUUUACCUCCCGUUGACAAAUUGUGUAAUCGUGUGAUUACUGAUCAUAAAGUGCUGGUUUUUUCAUAUUUGAAAGAUGUGACCAUUGCUGAGGGCCUCAUCAGCGAGAAAGAAACAUAUAUAACAUACUGUUGUUUUAUGUCCUGUCACACCACUUCUAAUGACGACAAAUUUGUCCCCCCUAAUAGUCGUAUAACUGUAACUCGGAGUCCAGAAAAUAAAUUCAAGUGCCAGAAUAUGUAUGAACGGUAUGACUAUUCUCCAAAUUCAUACAAUUACUAUUAUUGUGAACCUGGAUUUGAAACCUUUUCAACCCAUCCUGAGACACCUCACGUGACUCUUCCUCCCCUUACUUCAUAUCUACAACAAAAAAGCAACAAGGAGGUUGAAAAUUGUUACAACAAUCCCCUGAGCAUAACUCAAGACUAUGAUUAUGGAAACUAUGUGUCAUAUCCAGAUCUGAAUCAGUUCAAUAAUGAAACAUUUUUAAGUAGCUAUCCUGCCACACAAGAGAAUCAUGUUUCUACAUUUGUUCGUAGUCAACUUGGACUUAGCAAAGUUUGUAAUGACGACUCAGGGUCACGGAUAAUCUCCCAUGGUCCUCAAGGUCGUAGAGAUCUAACAGUGAGGUCCCGAUCUAAGCAAUUUCCUUCUAAUCGGAAUAUGGAUAGUUCAAGUAGCCUGGACAAGUCAUCUCCUUUGGACACUUUUGAUAAUUUAAUAAACAUGAAAAUGAAGACUUUUAAGCAUACAAGUAAGUUAUGGCCAUAAUUUGUAGAUAAUAACUUUACUGGGGGACAAUCAGCAGGUUCCCAGACCACUAAAGUCAGCUCAAUACAUUUAAUCGAGCAAUGGAAAAGAGAAAGAGAAAUUUUACAAAAAUUAUUCCCUGAGAGCGAUUCAAACAUGUCCCUCAAUCCAAAUCUUGAAAAUUUUGCACGAGAGAUACGUGGAGAUGGCGGUGUAGAUGUGAGUUCAAAGAAGCGGAGAUUGGAAUUUGACUAUGACGAUGCCAAUUUAUGAUAUUAAUAUUUGUAAACUUCUG